UGCGGGGCCCGGGCGAGCGGGCAGCGCUGGGGCAGCCCCCCGUGCACCAGGGCUGGGCACCGGCACUGCCGCACAAACCGCUCCUGGCGGCAGAACACACCUCGAGCCCCCGGGAGCGGGAACACGCGGGGACACGGGGCAGGGCGAGGCUGCAGCGCGGCGAGAGGCAUCGCCACCGCCCAGCACACCUCCGGCCCGGCCGCCCGUGCUCUGCAGCGGGCUGGGGCGAGUCCGUGCCCCGGGCCGGAGCUGCGCUGCCCCCCGCGCUGCCGGGCCGUGCGGGAGCAGCCUCCCUCCGCUCGGUUCAGUUCGGUUCGGCGCAGCCCAGCUCCGCCCGUCGGAGCCGCGCUGCUGACUCAGCCGCGGGGGGGCCCGGAGGGCGCCCCGGCCCCGCGGGCGUGGCGGGCGGGGGGGCUGCCCUCCGCCCUCCGGGGAGAUAAAGAGCGGCGGCCGCAGCCCGCCCGCGCCUCUCGCCGCCCGGCAGCAUGACGGCCAUCGGGGCGCAGGUGCAGCAGCUGCUGGCACACCGGAGACCACAGAAAUCCUUCUUUGAGACACUCAUCAGGAGCCUGAUCAUCCUGUGCGUGGCCAUAGCCGUGGUCCUGUCGUCCAUCUCCAUCUGCGAUGGCCGCUGGCUCUUUGCGAGGGGGCAGCUCUUUGGACUGUGGCACUUCUGCACCCUUAGCAACGACAGUGUCCUGAAGUGUGUCACAGACCUCAGCCUGGCCCGGGUGGAGGGGCUGAGCGUGGGGGUGAUUCCCAUCAGGAGCAUGGUGUCCUUUGCUGUUGUGGUUGCCAUAUUCGGGUUGGAGCUGCUGAUGGUGUCCCAGGUCUGCGAUGACGCCAACGCAAGGCGGAAAUGGGCAAUGGGCUCCGUUCUCAUCCUCGUCUCCUUUUUGCUGUCAGCCACUGGUGUUCUGAGCUUCUCCAUCCUGGUGAAGGAUCACCUCACCUUCACAGGCUUCACACUGACAUACUGGUGUGAGUUCAUUGCUGCCUUUCUCUUCUUCCUCAACGGGAUCAGCGGACUUCACAUCAACAGCCUCACACACCUCAGGAAUGGGGUAGGCAAAAUCUAGGCACAAAGGAUGAACCUCUGCCUUUGUGUAAUCAGCUUUGCCAAUUAGACUGGAAGAAAGAGAGUCUAAUGAAGUUUGAAAAGGAUGCCCUGUCUUUAAUUUGUGUGCAAGGAGGGGAAGCGUGAGUCAGUCUUCAUGCCUGUAGAAGAAGUACCCACCCACUGGUCAGCAUGGAGAGCUGAGCAACACCAGCCAAGCAGAGACUGGGACUGGCUGCUACUGCAAUAUGGUUUUCUGGAGAAGUGGAUUAAAGCAGAGGGUGUCCUGCUAAACCUGCAGAGAUCUGGAAGACUGCAAUCUAUCCCACACGUUGACCUGAGGCUUGCACAACACUGGUACUGCUGUGGGUUUGGUGUUGCUGUGCUUUUCCUUAUAUUCUGGAGCCUGUGAUAACAGCUUUGGUGUGUCUCAUGGGUUUGUUCUGGCUCAGGGACAGACGAUUUCUGCCUGGCCAUGCUCACUGGUGUGGAGUAUUGAAACUCUUUACUGGAUCUUACUUCUUCAUUUUUCUUUCAAAAGAUAAGGCACACAGAACUUGAUCUGGUCACAGGUUUUGUUUCCUUCAGGCAUGUUCCCUUUAUCUGUUCUGUUCUUGGUCAGUUUUUUGGGGACAUUUCAGACAGAGUUGCUGACCUGGGGUCAGGGGUAGGUGUUGGGUGAUGCAGGUGUAGAGGGAAGAGAUGUGCUGUUUUCCUCAGGCAGCAGUGCAUAUCCCUGUGUCUGUGGCCUCUUUCCCAGUGUUACCACUCUCCUGCCACCCCUGAAGGACAUGUGCCAACUGGUCAACCAAAUUGGCUGUCUCACGUGCCUUGCACAGUUUAUGGUAACAGGGCAUUGCUCUUGGGUUUUUUUGUUUUUUGGGGCAAGAGGGACAAGCUCUGCAGAGGCUUCAUGGGCUGUGGUGGCUGGGCAGGCUAUGCAGAGACCACCACAGCUUCUGGGAUGUGUUUUGGUUAUCACGGUUUCCACUGGGGCAGUGCUUAUCCUGUAGCUGAAUCUCCUGUAGCAUUUCUUAUGGGAGGAGAAAGCCCCAGAUCCUCCUGACCAGAUCAGGUCCUUUUCUUCCUCUGACUUAACAGUGAGCCUGGGAGGAGAAGCAGCCCGUGAUUGCCUAAGGAGGGGCUGAUGGGUGCAGCUCUAAUCUGUCACCGCUGGUAGAAAUGUUGAGAGACCUGGCCAGAAUUAUUAUACUAAGGCUGGCCUUCCUCCUGCCAAUGUCUGAGUCAAUAUCUCUAAAA